CUGGCCCACAACCCAUCGUCUCCACCGAACCAGACAUUCCACCUGACUCGCUGCUCUCCCCCGCGUAGCCGAUGGCUUGAUCGGAUUCGGAUCCCCCCACCCGGGUCAGAUCUGUCGACGCCGCCGCCGCCGUCGCCAUGGGCGACCACUCCGACUCCGAUUCCUCCCCCAAGUCCUCCUCCUCCUCGUCCUCCCCCUCCGCGCGCCGCCGUUCCUCGCCGCAGCGCGGCCGGGCCCACUCUGACGAGAGCGGCAGCAGCGACGGCGUCCUCGUCGAGCUUCCUGCCCAGGAAGCGCGGAGCCCCGGGGCCGACCCUGACGGCGGCGUCCUCGUCAACAUGCCCGCUGACGACGCCACCAGCGGCGAGACCUUCGAGGACGCCCCCGACGAUCUCGCGGCCUCGGGAUCGCGCUCCGCACGCUCGCUGGACGAGUCCAUGGCCGUCAUCGACUUCCCUGAGGUGUCCAGCACCAGCGCCGAGCUCCGCAAGUACCAGGAAGAGAAGGAGGCGUUUGCGCGGGAGGCAGUGGCACUCCGGAGGUUGCUACAGGAGAUGGUGGGGCAGGAGGCUUCAGUUGCGUUGCAUGGAGAGGACGCUGAUGAGACACUGUUGCAUUCGAUGCUGGACGACUGCUCGAGGCUUGUGCUUGAACUUAACUCGGUGGCACGGGCCAGGGAGCAGGAGAUUGAGAGCCUACAUGCAAGGGUUGCAGAGGCAGAGGUAUCGAGGGAGGUUGCUAAUGUAUACUUGGGUUCGUGGAGAGAAGGGUCUGAGCAAGCUGUUGGGCGGAUGCUUGCAUCAAUUGAUGCUGUGGUUAGGCAAGAUGAUGCCAGCUUUGAGGGUGCUGACCAGGAUGGGAUUUCUAUUCUGGAAAGGAAGACUUCAUUGCUAGUGGAGAGGUACAGGCAGGUCUCGAUGGGUAUUGAACAGCUUGAGCAAAUUUUAGCUGAGGUGAAGCCAGGUUUUGUGACCACAGGGCAAGGUGACCUUUCUACCACCUUAAGUAUUCUUGCAGAUGAAUUGGUUGGUAGCAAGAGAAAUGAGGUGGAUUUACUGCAGAAGAUGAAUGCUUUUGCUGAAGAGAACAAGGCACUCGCUGAUGAACUUGAGGAAGCGAAAGCUGCUAGGAAUGCAGCGAAUGCUGAGGCAAGCAAAGCAAAGGCAAACUUGGAGCAGAUGGAGCAUAAGUUAUCAACGACUAAGGAGAAGCUCAGCAUGGCUGUUACGAAGGGCAAGUCACUGGUGCAACACCGUGAUUCUUUGAAGCAGGCCUUGGCUGAAAAGACGGGUGAGCUUCAGAGUUGCAUGGCGGAGUUGCAAAAGAAGUCUGAUGCCCUGCAAGCAGCUGAGAGUAGGGUUGAGGAGCUAAGGGUUUUUCUAGAUGAAAAGACGGAUGAGCAUGAAAAGUGCUUGGAUGAGCUUCGAGAAACGUAUAGUGCAUGGGAAGCUGCUAAGACCAGCAUCGAGCAACUAAAUGAAGCAAACAGUGCCCUUACUUCUCUGCAGGCUUCCCUUUCACUAAAGGAUGGUGUUCUUGAACGCAUUGAAGAGAUCAUGUCGGAGGCAACAUUUCCAGAAGAUCUUCUUUCCUUGGAGAUGACAGACAGGUUGGGAUGGUUAGUUGAGCAGAAGAAAAUUGCAGAUAUGAUCUUCUCAGAACACCACAAAGUUAAAGAAAUCUUGAGCUCAGUUGACAUUCCACAUUCGGUCUUAACUGCUGAACUUGAUUCCCAGAUCAGUUGGCUUGCCAGCUCACUGAACCAGGCCAAAGAUGAUGCCGUCCGGUUGCAUGAUGAGUCUGCUGAAAUGUUGGCUAGACUGGCUGCACAUGAAUCAAAGUUGGUUUCAAUGCAUGAGGAAAUUGACCGUUUGACAAUUAUUCUACUGGAAGAGAAACAGGAAAAGGAUAUUCUUGUAAAUGAACAUUCUGAAUUGAUGUCCCUAUACAACGCUGGUGUUAAUAAGUUGGCUCUUGUCUCAUCACAAAAUAAUGAGCUGCUAAAGGCAUUUGUGGAAUUUUCUGAUGUCACAUUGGAGGGUAGUGAGCCUAUGGAUAUUGCUGAAUUGGUACAGCAGGGCCUCAGAAACAUCCAACAAAGAACAAAAUCUUCUCCUAUCGAGAGUGACAGUUUUGAGAAGCUACAGGCAUUACUAUAUACCCUAGAUCAGGAAACAACACUAUAUAAGAUGAUUCUUGAGGAAGACAUGAUUGGCAGAUCUGAGAGGACUGGUGAACUGCAAAGAAUGGCCGAGGAGAUUCUUGUUCUGAAAAAUGAGAAGGUCUCACUGCAGAAGGAGCUUGAACGGGUGGAGGAGAGAUCAGCAUUGCUUAGAGAGAAGCUGUCAAUGGCUGUAAAGAAGGGCAAGGGUCUGGUACAUGAGCGCGAAGGACUCAAGCAAGCCCUCGACGAGAAGAGUUCUGAAAUAGAGAAUUUGAAACAAGUUUUGGAAGGGAAGAGCUCUGAGAUAGAGAAGCUAAGGCAUGCUCUGGAUGAAAAUAAGUCUGUAACAGACAAUGUGAAGCAAGUUUUGGACGGGAGAAACUCUGAGAUUGAAAGGCUAAAGCAUGCUCUGGAUGAGAGUUGUGCGGAAACAGAAAACCUAAACCAAGCUUUUGUUGAGAAAACCUCCGAAGCAGAUAAAAUAAAACAAGAACUGGAUGCAAAGAACAUGGAUAUUGAGAAUCUAAGACGUGAGAUAGAGUCAAGAGAAUCUGCCAUGACAGAUCUCAGAGAGCAUGUUGAGCAUCUAUCGUUGCAAGCUGCGCAUUUGGAAAAGCUGCAAGUCGAUAUUGUUACCCUUAAUGAUGAAAAGGUGAAAUUAGAAAGCAUGUUGGAAGAAGCCAGAGCAUCCUGGGGCACUCUUGCUGAUUCAGUAUCAGGCCUUACUCUUCCUAUUGAUCAGCCUUUUGAGGAGCCUAUGGAAAAGUUUAGCCAGAUUGCCCAAUAUGUCCAGGAAUCUCAAGUUGCUAAGAGUUCUCUUGAAAAUGAGCUACACAAAGCAAAUGAGCAAAUUACCUUUCAUGCUAGCAGGCAUUCUGACACCCUUUCUACCAUAAACAUGUUAGAAGAUGAGUUGAGUAAACUAAAAGAUCAUAUUUCUUCCGUUUCUGAAGAAAAACGUCAAAUACAGUUACAUACUUCUGCUGUACAGGAGAAGUUGGAGAAAACAAAUGAGGAACUGGCAAUCAAUUUCAGGAAUCUUGAAGAUGCCAACACCACCAUUAAUUCACUACAAGAUGCACUGUCACAGGCUAGAACAAAUAUUUCUAUUCUUGACGCUGAAAAGAAUGAAGCUGAAGCUAAAUAUGAAACAGAAAUCAACGCUCUUAAUGCUAAGCUAACCAAAUGUUUGGAGGAGUUGGAUAAAACUCAUGGGCACUUACAAAGUCAUUCAACAGAACAUCAUGGUUACCUUGAGAAGCUUGGCGUGCUUAUAAUGGAUGAUAGUCUCUUGUCUCUGAUAGCUGAAGAAUAUGGAAAGACAAUCAGCAGCUUGAGAGAUAUGUGCCUUAUAGUCAAGAGUAUGCAUGAGCAGCUUUCUGUGAAGGGUUUUCAGAAUGGUCCAAUUGUGGAGGAUUCAGAACUCUCAACACUUUUAUCUCUUCCGGACUAUGAUAGCUUUGUUAGAGAAAGAUUGGUCAAUAACAAAACUAGAAAAGGGAAUAUUGAUGACACUUCAUCCUUCUCUACUAUUGUUGAACAGUUGAGCAACCAAGCUGAAUACUCUUCAAGUUUUUUAAAAGAUUUGUCAACCUACAUGAAUAGCAAUAUUAUUGUGGUGCUUCGUUCACUGCAACUAGUGAGCAACACCUUUGUUCAUACUCUAGAAGAGCAUGACAUGUUGAAGAUUGAAUUGGGGAACAAGGAUGCUCAUAACAGAGCUCAAGAAUCUGAAGUGCUUUCUCUACAAAAAGAGCUGAGAGCAAUGUCAUCAAAAUGUAUUUAUUGCAUCCAACAAAUUGAAAUUGUUUUUGAUGAUAUGGUUGGUCUUGGAUAUGCAAUAGACUUGGCUACAGGCAGCUCAAGCAUAGGGUCUGAACUAGAAGUAACUGUGUCUGAUCUGAAGAAUGAGGAUGCCAGUGAUUAUAAUAAGGUGGCUGAUACUUUGCUUGCUACAAUUGACACACUUAAGUCCAAGUCUGAAAAAUUAUCUGCCAUUAAGGGGCUUGUGAUGACUUCAUUGGAUGACUUCAAAAUGAGGUUGAAACAAGCUGAAUCUGCUGCUGAAACCGCUUCACAUGAGCAUCAGUUGUCUGUUGAAAGGGUAUGCAUGCUGGAGAAAGAACUCAAAAUAUUACAGGAUGAAUGCAACAGAAUGGAACUAAAUAUGCAAGAAUAUAAGGAAAGGGAGGGUGCAUUGAAGGCAAGGGAGUUAGAGUUGCUAUCAGUUGAGCACACUCAAAUUUCUGCAGACAGAGGUAUAACUGACUAUGCAAUUUCAAAAGAUCAAAUGGAAGCCCUUGUUGAGAAGAUAAGUAAGUUAAAUAUGCUGUCAGGCGAGUCAAAUGUGCAAAGGGAAGAGGCUACAUUCUCUAGUCUGCUUGACAAACUUUUUGUUGUCAUUGAUGAAUUCAGUGCACUUCAACGUGAGGUUGAGACCUUAAGAUAUGAAAACGAAGAUUUACAGUUAAAUAUUGAGUCCUAUACUCGUGAACUUGAACAGCUAAGAGAGGUCUCCAGAAAUAGUGAUCUAAUUAAUAGAGAGUUGGAAUCCAAAGGAAGUGAACUUCUUGAGGUAACCGUUAGUAUGGAGCGAAUGAUUCAGCGGUUAGGAUAUCUUGGAGGAAAAGAUGUACAAGAAGAUAACAAACCUGCUACCACACAAGCUCUCUUAUCGAAGCUGGAAAAACUAAUAAUUGCUUCAAGUACUGAAGCAGGGAAUGCGAAAUCCAUAACACAGGAGCUGGGAGCAAAACUGCAGUCAAGGGAAAAAGCAGUUGAUGAGCUAUCAACAAAAGUUAAAAUGCUUGAGGAUUUGUACCAUGCGCGACUUGCUCAGCCAGAAGCUAGUAAAGACAGAUCAUUUGAAGCAUCUUCCUCAACAAUUGGUUCAGAUAUGUCUGAGAUUGAAGAUGUGGGACCAGUGGGCAAGGCAUCAGUUUCAUCUGUCUCUACAGCUGCGCAUGCUAGAACAAUGCGGAAGGGGUCAUCAGAUCAUCUUGUGCUCAACAUUGGUUCAGAGUCGGAACGAUUAAUUGCUGCACAGGAUUCAGAUGACAAGGGGCGUAUAAAAUCACUCCAUACAUCUGGCUUCAUUCCAGCUCAGGGAAAGCAUAUCGCUGAUAGGGUCGAUGCCUUCUGGGUCUCGGGGAGCCAAAUUCUGAUGAACCGGCCACGAGCAAGGCUAGGGCUUAUGUUGUACUGGCUCGCUGUGCACCUAUGGCUGCUGGGCAGCAUCUUGUGACGCUGCUUCUCAGUACCGAGACCCACCUCAUAGCAUAAUUGUACAAUAGCACGUGUUAACAGUUUCUUCUUUCUUUCAUACAAUACUUGGUAGAUGUUAGAAUGUCAAUUCUUUUUCAUUUUCUCCCUCCUGCUCAGAUUUGUAAUUGAGCAGUAUGUGUUAAAUUUUUCGCACACAAAGAUGUAAUGUGCAGAAAAAUAACAUUCUUAUACUGAAGAAGUCAAGAAGUGGUAGUUGUAGUUGUAGUUAUAGAUGUAGAUGUGGUCCUGAAUUCCUGAUCACCUGAUGAGUCCCAUCAUCGCAAAUUCGUUGUUUCAAAUGCAAGCGUUUGAAGUCUGACAAUAUUUUCCCCUUA